UACCUUUCUUACCAGUAUAGCUUGCGAUUCCUUGGAGCUCAUCUUUUUCUAUGCUAUUCUUGUUCGGCCAUCAAGAUGUCGGAGAUAUUAGCUCUCAUAACACACUUUGAACAUCUCAAAAUACAGCUGGAACCUAUAAAAUCAGCAACCAACAACUUUGCAGAUGAAAAUUGCAUUGGCAAAGGAGGGUUCGGGAAAGUCUACAAAGGAGAACUCCUCCAUCACAAGGGUCAGAGCAUUGUUGCUAUAAAGCGUUUAGAUCGUAGAUUUGGGCAAGGAAACCCAGAAUUUUGGAAUGAGAUUAUUAUGCUUUAUCAAUACAAACAUAAAAAUAUUGUGUCACUAUUAGGGUUUUGUGACGAGAGUAAUGAGAAGAUUCUUGUAUACGAGUAUGCAUCUAAUGGAAGUCUAGACUUGUCUCUUAACAGUGAUAACCUAACAUGGAUUCAACGUUUGAAGAUUUGCAUUGGGGCGGCACGUGGACUAGCGUACCUUCACAAUCCAGGUAAGACGACCCAACAAAGAGUGUUGCACCGCGAUAUCAAAAGCUCCAACAUUCUUUUAGACGAAAACUGGAACGCAAAGAUCUCAGAUUUAGGCCUGUCUAAAUUGGGCCCUGCCAACCAACAUAUCACGUUUCUUGUCUCUGACCCUGUAGGCACGAUCGGGUAUUGGGAUCCACUGUACAUAGAGACGGGAUAUUUAACAAAAGAAUCUGAUGUUUACUCGUUCGGGGUCAUGUUGUUUGAGAUAUUAUGUGGGAGAUUGUCUCUUUACAGCAAGAAUGAUAAACGUAGGCCAUUAACAGGUCUGGUGAAAGAAUACUACAAAAAGAACAAAAUAAAUGAACUCAUAUAUACUAAUAUACAGGAUGAAGUAAAUGCUAAAUCGUUGACGGCAUUUACUACAAUAGCUCAUCAGUGUUUGAACACAAACUGUGAAAAACGUCCACUGAUGACCGAGGUGGUAAGUAUGCUUGAAAAUGCGCUUGUUUAUCAGGCUAAUGCUCAAUGCAGUAAGGUUAUGGAUGGCGAGGAAAAUACUAUAAUAGUUGAUUCCUCUCACCUAAAAGCUCUAACGUUGCCGGAUCGAAAGGCUUCCAACAAGGUUAUGCAGCUUAUUUAUACCAAUUCGGGGUCAGGUUUAAUUGUACUUUCUUCGAGUGGCCUUGUUAAACAGUGGCGCUGGCAAAAACAGUCAACUGCAUCUAUCGUCCCCCAGUUGUGGUAUCCUAUUAGUGGGGUUCUAAUGGCUAAUCAUUUAAAUGAGAAUACACCCGCUGAGGAAUCAGUAGCAUGCAUUGCUUUGACAAAGAAUGAUUGUUAUGUCUUGUCUGCAUCUGGGGGUAAUAUCUCCCUGUUCGAUAUGAUGACUUCCAAGACUCGGAAAACUUUCAUGUCCCCACCGCCUGCAGCCACAUGCUUGGCUCUGCAUCCCCAGGACAACAAUACCCUUGCCAUUGGAAUGGAGGACUCUACAAUAGAAAUUUACAAUAUUAGGAUUGAUACGAGGUUAUUCACGCUCGAAGGUCACCGGAAACGUAUUACAGGACUUGCGUUUUCGCACGCUUUAAACUCACUGGUAUCAUCUGGAGCUGAUGCUAAGCUAUGUAUGUGGGAUAUUAAGUGCUGGGAAAAGCUGAAAUCAAGAAGAUUACAACCGCCUGAUGGCUAUCCAUCCUCUUUGGUUGGAGAUACUAAAGUUCAAUACCAUAAUGACCAACACCGUCUCCUAGUAGUACAUGAAAGUCAAAUUGCUAUCUAUGAUCCCAAACUGAAAUGCUUGAAAUUGUGGUCUCCAAGAGAAUCUCUCUCUGCUCCGCUUUCAAGUGCAGUAUACUCAUGUGACAGCCUACUAAUAUUCACCGGAUUUUUGGAUGGUGCUGUUAAUGUUUUUGAUGCAGAGAGUUUGACGCUUCGAUGUCGGAUACCAUGUUAUGCCUAUAUUUCGCCAUCGAUUUCUAUUAGCAACAGCACCGCAUAUCCUAUGGUUAUUGCACCACAUCCGUCUGAUCCUAACCAAUUUUCUCUUGGAAUGAAUGACGGUUCAGUUCAUGUGAUUGAACCAGCAAAUGCAGAUUCAAAUUGGGGUGGCUCAACACCUCAAGAAGAGGGUACUGUAGCAUCAUCCAGUUCUUCAAAUUCAGCAUUGAAUAGUCAACCAUUAGAAUCCGUCGAGACGAUGGCUAGUGCGGAAAAGAGUAAGGUUGUGGAUGGCGCUGACAAGACUGAAAGCUCUCAGAAAUAAUUGAUUCUUUUCACCUUAAAUCCCUGAGGUUGCCUGUUCCAUUGGCUGACAGCAAGGUUAUGCAGCUUAUAUAUACAAAUUCUGGGUCAGGUUUACUUGUGCUUGCUUCCAGUGGCAUUCAUAAACUGUGGAAGUGGCAACAAAAG